UGUCUGUGUGAUGGCUGGGGAACGGAGAGAGAGAGAGGAGAGAGAGGGAGGAGAGAGAGAGGAAGGAGUCUUGUGGGAGCCUUCAAAACCAGAGUGUUUAAAAUCCCAAGGCCUUCGCAAUGCCGAACUUCCCUUUCUCUCUCUCAACCUUCAUGGUUCUUGAACGACGUCGUCGUCUGACGGUGGAUGGGCGGCGACGACGAUUCUCCCCAAUGCCUCCUCCUCCCUUCGCAAAACGAUGCCCAGCCGGAGUCCUCCGCAUCCGCGACACGUGUCCCGCUCGCUCAGACGCCGAUCCUCCUGCUCGUCUGCUUCCACAAGGCGCUGCAGGCCGAGCUCCUCGAUCUCCGCCUCGUGACCACCGCCGCCUUGGAGAGUGGCUCACGUGACCUCCUAGACCGCGACUUCGUUCUCCUGCUUCUGCGGCGGUUUGAGUUCCUCAAGCUCGCGUAUGAGUCCCACUGCUCUGCAGAGGACGAGGUAAUUUUUUUAGCGUUAGAUGGGCGAACAAAAAAUGUAGCUAGUACAUAUUCACUAGAACAUAUGAGUAUAGACGGUCUCUUCGACUCAAUUUUCAAUCGCUUGGAUGUUUUAUUAGAGGAAAACGAGAAUGAGAAAUUUUCCAAGCAAUUUCAAGAACUUGUGUUUGGCAUUGGGACGCUGAAGGAAUUCGUUUCCCAGCAUAUGCUGAAAGAAGAACAGCAGGUUUUUCCCUUGAUCCUGCAGCAGUUCUGUCGUGAAGAACAGGCUGCACUUGUGUGGCAGUUCAUGUGCAGCGUUCCUUUAUUGCUGCUUGAGGAUCUACUUCCGUGGACGAUCUCCUUUCUUCCACCUGAUGAACAAGAGGAAGUUAGACAUUGCAUAAAAGCAAUUGUACCUGACGAAAAAUCACUUGAAGAGGUGGUAAAUUCUUGGCUUGCUAGCAAUGAACAAUCCUCCUUUGGGGCCACCAAGAAUUCUAGAGGAGCUCAACAAGCCGGCGAAUAUGCAGACAUGAAAAGGUUACUGAAGUCUCAUUCGCCCAAAAGGUUUUUAGAAGAAUAUAAAAGACACAUUAAGGCAGAUUGCAUUCACUCUGAUAUUGGAUACAAUCCGGUUGAUGGCCUUCCUUUUUGGCAUGGAGUCAUUAGGAAAGAUUUGAAGACAAUUCUGGAGGAGCUAUAUCAACUAAGAAGCGCAAGCAGUUUUUUGAAUCUUGAUUCAGUAGUUGUCCAGCUAAAAUUCUUUGUAGAUGUCCUUAAUUUCUACAGUGCAUUGGAGAAGUUAUAUCAUCCUGUGUUGAAUGAACUUUUCAACGGCUGCCUUUACCCCUACAGUGAACAAUUUCCAAAUGAAAGCCACGUUGAAGGUUUGCAGAGGUUGCUAUACUAUGAGCCUCAAGAUGGAACACCUUUGAGCAAAUUUGUUGAGAAGCUUUGCUGGGAACUGGAGUCUUUUCUGGUGGGAAUUAACAAGUACUUUGCUUUCCAAGAAACCAAGGUAGUUCCCAUUGUAAGGAAGAAUUGCGGUCAUGAUAUGCAGCUGCAACUCUUGUAUGCAAGCCUUCAUAUUCUGCCACUUGGGUUGCUAAAGUGCAUGACUACUUGGUUUUCGGCUUGCUUAUCUGAGGACGAAUCCAGGUCCAUCCUUAGCAACUUGAAGGAGGGAGAUUCUUUAGUCAAUAAAUCAUUUGCAUCCCUCUUACAUGAGUGGUUCCGCAUUGGUCAUUCAGGUAAGACCUCUGUUGAAAAGUUUCGUGAGGAGUUGCAGCAAAUAUUCAAGAGCAGAUGCACUUCCUUAAAGCAAUUCUAUAAUACUAGUGGAUCUUCCUCCUUAAGUUCCAAUAUGAAACCUAUUGAGGCAUCAAACACUAAGCUAAUGGAGCCAAUCUCUUUGGAUAAGGGCAAGAAAUCUCUGUCAUACUCUUCAUCUUGUGCCUCUGACUCUGCCAGGAAUUAUAGGACGUCAUAUUCCAGCAGAAACAAACUUCACUUAUAUUUCACUGGAACAGUGAAAACUUCAUAUCUCUUUCCUGAAAGUCUUAGUGGAGAGAACCAUCCUGGUUAUGCUCUUCAUGAACCAAAACCAAUAGAUCUCAUAUUUUUCUUCCACAAGGCUCUCAAGAAAGAUUUGGAAUACCUUGUAUUUGGCUCAGCUCAGUUGGCUGACAAUGCUGAUUUUCUCUCAGAGUUUUGCCGGCGAUUCCAACUUAUACAGUUUCUAAAUCAAAUACAUAGUGAAGCAGAGGAAGAAGUUGCCUUUCCAGCUUUAGAGACCAAAGGAAAACUGCAAAACAUUAGCCACUCUUACACGAUAGACCACAAAUUAGAAGUUGAACUCUUUCACAAGAUAUCCCUCGUUCUGGAUGAGAUGUCUAUAUUGCAUGUUUCAGCUUCUGAAGUCGAUUCAAAUGCAGUGGAUAAUAAAAUGCAGAAGCACCAUCAGCUGUGCAGGAGGCUUCAUGACAUGUGCACAUCAACCUGCAAGUUACUGACUGAACAUGUUCAUCGUGAAGAACUUGAGCUCUGGCCCUUGUUUAAAGAAUGCUUCUCCAUUGAAGAGCAAGAAAGGAUUGUAGGAUGCAUACUUGGUAGAACAGAAGCAAAAAUAUUGCAAGAUAUGUUACCUUGGCUAAUGGACGCUUUGACACAAGAAGAACAGCAAGUCAUGAUUACUCUAUGGCGCCAGGUCACACGAAACACGAUGUUUGAUGAGUGGUUGAGAGAAUGGUGGGAGGGAUAUGAGACAGCUAAGUUGGUAGAGGAGUCCAUUGUACCUCCUUCAUGGACUGAAGAUCCAUUGGAGGUUGUCUCUGCCUAUCUGUGUGGAUCGAGUGAACAAGAAGGAAGAUGCUGUAACAAAAGUAUCAAUUUUCCAGAAAAAGAUUCCCAUAGUGCUAAUACCAAGCCAUCGGAAAAUAGUGAGGUGGGUUAUAAGCCAAAAGGUCCUGGAGGUGACCAAUGUAUUUCCACUGAUACAGAAUGUACAAGACUUUGUGAUGAAGGUAACAAGAAGAAGUUACAAGAAGUUGAAAAUGCCACAAAUCAAAUUGAUGAUCUAGGUCACCUUUUGCAAAGAAGCCAGAAAUCCAAGUACUGUGAGUGCCUGCUGACACUUAGUCAAGAGGAUAUGCAGGCUGCAGUAAUAAAAAUCUCCCGUGACUCUUCCUUGGAUCCUCAGAAGAAACCACAUAUGAUCCAGAACCUGAUAAUGAGCCGUUGGAUAGCCAGACAGAACUCUGAAUUAACAGUUGCAAGUAAUGGGAAAGAAUUUCCUGGUCAGCAUCCAUCCUAUCAUGACCCUCUUGGAGUAACCUAUGGUUGUAAACACUAUAAGAGGAACUGUAAGCUUUUUGCUGCCUGUUGCAACCAACUUUACACUUGCAUACGCUGCCAUGAUGAGAUGGCUGAUCAUGAGAUAGAUAGGAAAUCUAUAACAGAGAUGAUGUGCAUGAAAUGCUUGAAGAUGCAGACAGUUGGGCCCACAUGCUCAACUGCAUCCUGCAGUAACUUUUCCAUGGCAAAAUACUUUUGCAGGAUCUGCAAAAUAUUUGAUAACGAACGGGUCAUCUACCAUUGUCCUUACUGUAACUUGUGCCGAGUUGGAAAGGGAUUGGGUAUUGACUACUUCCAUUGCAUGACGUGUAAUGCCUGCAUGUCCCGUUCUCUAUUGAAGCACACAUGCAGAGAGAAAUGCUUCAUGGAUAACUGCCCUAUUUGCAAUGAAGACAUCUUCACCUCAAAUUCUCCAGUGAAGUCCCUUCCAUGCGGUCAUUUGAUGCACUCAACAUGUUUUGAGGCCUACACCUUUACGAAUUAUACCUGCCCAAUCUGUGGCAAGUCACUCGGGGACAUGCAGGUGUAUUUUAAAAUGUUGGAUGCAUUUUUGGCUAAACAGGAAACUCCAGACGAGUACGCUGGCCAAACUCAGGUCAUACUCUGCAAUGACUGUGAGAAGAGAGGAACUGCUCCCUUUCACUGGCUUUACCACAAGUGCCCCUAUUGUGGUUCAUACAACACCAGGCUUCUAUGACGCAAUUCCAAACGGAACUGCUCCCUUUCACUGGCUUUACCACAAGUGCCCCAAUUGUGGUUCAUACAACACCAGGGUUCUAUGAUGCAAUUCCAAACGGAACUGCUCCCUUUCACUGGCUUUACCACAAGUGCCCCUAUUGCGGAGACUUCUAUGACGCAAUUCCAAACGGUACCAUGACUGUUUCAAAGCUAUUUUAUAUGUAAAUAAAAGCUCGUACUAGUAUAUAAAUCUCACUAGUUAUGAAUAUCUAUUAAGUUUCCCCAUUUUGAGGAAUUUCAUAAAAUUUCCAAUUAGAAUUUGCCUUGUUAUCAGAUAUAUAUUACGCUAUA